UCAAAUCACGUUUCAGUCUGCAAGUCACAUUCACCCGUCGAUUUGCGCAGAGAACAAAUAUAUUGGCUGAGAGUUGAGGCGAGAAUGGGACACUUACUCGAAUUACUUGAAAGACGUUACAAAUAUUCGAAAGGACCUAUUCAGAAUUCUAUCAUUCUGGUGAUUAUUUAUGGAUUCGAGGAGUAUAUUAGAACCCAACUUCUCAGAUGUCCUUGUACGAAUUACUUCAUGUACAGCCUCGUUAUGUUGGUGGGACCCGCCCUGUUCCUCCUGGGCCUCGGUUUCAUGAUGAGCGGAGGAUUUUGGCAAUCCAUUUUGAAGACCAGCAGAAUGCCAGAUGUCAAAGAGAGAUGUAAUAAGCGAAUGAAGUCUCUGACUAAACUUUUUCAACCGUUUCUAGCUCCCAUGGCCUACAUUACCAUCGUUUUGUUGAAAGGGGACUUCUUCGUUUGUUUAAGUUAUGGCUCGCUAAAUGAGGCGUGCCACAGAAAUCUUCAAGACAGUGAUAAUUCAAACAUACCACACGAUCAGCGUUCUCUCCUUAAAGUUCACAUGCAGUCCCAGAUCCUUGGACUCGGCAUUUUAAUCGCGGCCACUCUGUUUUCGCUUGGUCUCGUUUGCAUUCGGAGAUGUUGCUUCGAAGACGAUGUACUUCCGAACAAUGACGACUACAACGAGCUUGAGAAAGAGAUACUUGGUCGUUUGUUCCGCAAGAGACUGGACAUAGCAAUAGAGGAAGAUACGAAGAAGAGGAUUAAUGACGCCUUCCAAAUAAAGACACACAGAGAUUUACGAGACACGUUUCACAAGGCUAAGGAGGCACUGACAGCUGCCAAUCAGUUCGAAAACCGAAACGGACGAUACAACCGAUUGAAUAUUGAUGAUGACGACACCGAGCUACAGCUUAUGGACUCCACUCACUUGACGUAUCGUACUCCUGAGAACUUACACAACAUCAUACGAUAGGCGUGGAGUGCGUUUUUAAAAUACUGACGUUGAAACUGAAGAAGAACGCUCCCUGGAUGAUGUACGCUUUGUGACCACUAUUUUUUCCAGACUGAAAAACGACUGUUUUGCGCCAGUUAAAGAUUCGAGAAGUGCACGAGAAGUUUGUGGACUUAAAUCAUCUUGCAUUCUGAUCCAAUGUUUUGAAAUUAGCUUAAAUUGUAUGUUACUCAAGAAAAUGCUGUAAUUUGUAGAAAAGCACCUAAUAUUCGUAUAAAUUAUAUGUCUUGGGUGAAAUUCGCCCUAAAAUUA